AGCGCUAUCCUUUUGAGGGGAGCACUUUAGGCGGUGACGACUAUUCAACAAAAAUCACUCUGUAUCUAGGAAUUCCAGUGGGGAAUGACAAUUUUUAUCAAGUUUAUGUGACCACAAAUGGACUCGUCACGUUUAACACCUCAGUUAUAACUUAUAACCCAAAUAUGUCCUCGCCUUACCCGUUUUUAGCUCCCUUCUGGACAGACCUGGUUCCCAAACGUAUCAAAAAUGAUAGAGUGUCUUACAGAGUAUACAUGGACAAAUCAACAUUGAAGAAUGCUAAUAUCGAUGUACAGAAUUUCAGUAGGACACCUUCUUUUCAAGCCAAAUGGAUGCUGGUAGUAACUUGGUAUAAUACGAGUGUUAUUUCCCAUGAAGAUCAUAAGAUAACUGUUCAAUGUAUCCUGAUAACAGAUCACGUGUCUACAUACACAAUAUACAGAUUUAUUAACGUGAGCAUUAGUGAUGUAGGGAGCAAAAUAGGAAUUGGAUUUAACAACGGUACUUCUCUUAGCAACCCAUACUCUUUCACAACCAGUGCAUAUAGAAUGGGUACUCACAUUGGGAACACAGGUCUCUUCGGAGUUUGGUUCUACACAGUUACCCCAGAUAAAAAUAAUUGCGUUUUCGGAACUUGUGAACAUGAAGGGGUUUGUGAGGAUUUGUACAGAGAUUUUCAGUGUCAUUGCAAGCCUGGAUUUAAGGGGAAAAGGUGCCAAACAGAUAUCAACGAAUGCCUAGCACAGCCAUGUGACAAUGGAACCUGCGACAACACGGUAGGGAGUUAUCACUGUACCUGUUUUCUCGGUUGGACAGGGAAGCACUGCGAUUCUGAGGAGAAUUGGAACAACACUGUAUGUUCAAGGGAGGAAGUCUGCUGUAAAAUGUCACCGUACAAAUCACAUGAAGAAACGGAUUCUGGUAUAGUAGCUGCUUUGUCUGCACUGUUAGCUGUUGUGAGUUUGAGUUCCUUGGCCCUGGCUGUGCUUACAUGUCAUUUUAGAAGACAAAGAAUUCCAGAACAGAAAAAUGUGACGGAGGAAACUUACGAGAAUGUAACAGUGACGAACACAACAGAACAGGGGUCGUCAAUAUAUACAAACCUGCAACUGAGCCCGAACACCAGCAAAUGAACGACAAAUACGAACAACAUGGCAUAUGUCAAUUAUUUAUAUGUAAUAUGACAAACAGAAUACUCAAUCGUGUUUAACCUGUUUCAGAAGAAUGGUGAUACUAAAUUAACGUACUCAUUUAAGUCGAUGUUAGA